AUGAGUUCAAAAACCGCAGCCUCCACCAAGGGCGGCCGGGGAAAGCCCAAAUCCGCCAAAUCGGUUUCCCGCUCGUCGAAGGCCGGCCUCCAGUUUCCCGUCGGCAGGAUCGCCCGUUUUCUCAAGACCGGGAAAUACGCCGAGCGCGUCGGCGCAGGCGCUCCGGUUUACCUCUCGGCCGUUCUCGAAUACCUCGCCGCCGAGGUUUUGGAGCUUGCCGGUAAUGCUGCUAGGGAUAACAAGAAGAACAGGAUUGUGCCGAGGCACAUCCAAUUGGCGGUGAGGAACGACGAGGAGCUGAGCAAGCUUCUGGGGAGUGUGACCAUUGCAAACGGCGGCGUUUUGCCCAACAUCCACCAGAUUCUGUUGCCGAAGAAAGCUGGAGGAAAGGACAAGGAGAUUGGCUCUGCUUCCCAGGAGUUUUAG